AUGUCUUACCAGGAUCAGUCAUGGAAUUCAGAAAGAAACAGUUUUGGAGAACCUAGGCAUUUUCCAGAAAGGCAAACAUUAAAUGGGCAGCAUGAAAAUUUACGGCAGCAAAAUCAGAGACCUCCGCAGAUGGGGCCUCCACCACGUGAACAGUUUCAUAACUUUGCACCUAUGUCUGAGGCACCUUAUAACAAUGUUGAAAGCCAUGGGCGCAUGCAACAGCAAUUACAGUACCAGAAUCCACCACCAACACAGCAUCAUAUGCCACCACUGCGGCCACAGCCACCACCGCAGCAUCAUAUGCCACCACCGCGGCCACAGCCAACACCACAGCAUCAUAUGCCACCACCGCGGCCACAGCCACCACCACAGCAUCAAAUGCCAUCUCUAUGGUCAGAGCCACCACAGUUAGCAUUACAGCAACAAAGGCCACCAUCGUCAUUUCCACCACAUAACCAAAUGCCACCAUUAUGGUCGCCAUCUUCAUCAUUUCCACCACAACACCGGAUGCCACCACCACGACCAGCACCACCCUCAUUUCCACCACAUCAGAUGCUGCCACCAUCACACUCGCAGCUACGACCACCACCAGUGACACCUUCUAACUUUCCACCAUAUCAAAAUUUCCCGAUGCCUCCAGCAAGUCAUAUCAUGCCUGGGGCAGGUCCAAUACUUCCCAGUCAGCAGGCCAUUGGAAGUGGUGCUUUCUCAGGCCUAGAAACUAAUUCUCAACCAUCACCAAAUCCAAUGCAUAAUUCCUUUCAGCAGAUGCCCAGUUAUCAACCUUUUCCACCGGUUUCUACUCAUGGAGCUCCACCAGAUAAUUUUCAGCAUCCCAUGACAAUUGCAAGCCAACAUAAAGGCAUAAGUAAUCCACAGUUUUAUGUGGGAAGCAACAAGUCUGAAGCAGAUGAUAAAGAUUUAGGAUCACAAAAAUUGGAGAACUGGCUUCAGAAGAUUGGAAAAUUUAAGAAACAUCAGUUUAAAAGUUCAUCAUCUAAACAAACAUCAUCCGAGCAGAUUUGGAAACCAGUGAACCAGUUUCGAGCCAUGACACAGCUGAUUACAACUAUGUCCACCAAACUGCAAGAGCUGCAGGAUGGAGCUGCAUCAGCAAGCGCAGCUGAAUGGAAAGAUUUGACACUCGAGUUGGAAACAUUAAAGAGGCAGUACAUUGAUCUGGAAUCAUUGCUAGAUGAAAGUUUAAUAGAAAAAGUUGCAAAGAAAUUGCUCAGACAGCGAAAUAAAAGGGCAAGGAUAAAGCGAGCGAAGGAGAGGAAGUAUGAAGAGCUGCAGAGAGUGAGAGAGGCAUGGGAUCAGAGGAGUCAACAAAUAGACCUCUGGCAGGAAAGACACAGAGCCAAGAUUAAGGAGGAAACUUUGAGAAAAUCUAGGAAAGCUGCUGCAGAUCGUACUUUGAGUAAAGUAACAAGAGAGAUUCAAGAUGCCAGUCGACUGAUUGAGACCAUGCUAGCUCUUCAGAAACUGAGGCUGAUUCGAAGAGAUGCCGCCGAAAAAAGAGGAGACACUGAACUUGGAGAGUCUCGGCAGACUUUUGAGCAGAAGAUCGCUGACAUGACCAGACUGGUGCAGGCACAGUUAGAAUGUUACAGAGAAGAGGAAGCUAAACUCAAG